GUCCGUUCCUGCAGCCAGCUUGACGCUGCAGCGAGAAGCCCCCGUAGCUCACUGGCUAAACGUGUAAACUCGACUAAUUGACCCCUUUAAACUGCAUUUCGACCGUUUCGCGACCACUUGGCUCGUUGACAUGAGCUCCCGGGACGACGGGACCGUCUCCUGAGGCCGCACGCUGUCGUGUCUGCAUCUGUUCUUCAUUUUUAAGUUUCUAUCUGUCUGCAGGAAGCGCAGCAGGAGAGGUCCAGCGUCAGACCCUCUAGAGCCCGGAGGCGGGAUGGACCCCCUGGGCGCUCGCUCCCAGUUCGUGGACAUCCAGACUCUCCCCACGUGGCAGCAGCAGCUGGGCGAGGGGGGCGGAGACCCGGACCCGGACCUGGACCUGAGCGACAGCCUGCAGGGCUUCCCCUCGCCCUUCCCCUUCAGACCGGACAUCAACCGCAAGAUCAUCCUCUUCUGCGGUGACGUCGCCCUGCUGAACUGCACCGCCAUCGUGAACACCAGCAACGAGUCGCUCAGCGACAAGAACCCCGUGUCCGACGGCGUGCACCGGCUGGCGGGACCCGAGCUGCGGGACGAGCUGUUCAAACUCAAAGGAUGCCGCACCGGAGAGGCCAAGCUGACCAAAGGCUUCAGCCUGGCGGCUCGGUUCAUCGUGCACACCGUGGGGCCCAAGUACAAAGCCAAGUACCGCACGGCGGCGGAGAGCUCGCUGUUCAGCUGCUACCGGAACACCAUGCAGCUCGCCGCAGAGCAGUCGAUGGCGUCUGUUGGCCUCUGUGUGGUGAGCACGGCCAAAAGAGGUUACCCACUGGAGGACGCUACACACAUCGCUUUCAGAACGGUGCGCAGGUUCCUGGAGAACCACGGAAACAACCUGGAGGCGGUGGUGUUCGCCGUGUCGGACUCAGAGGAGUCGGUGUACAGGAAGCUGCUGCCUCUGUACUACCCUCGCUCUGAGGAAGAGGAGAAGGUCUCUCUGCCCUUCAUCCCGGCCGACAUCGGCAACACUGAGGGGGAACCCGUCGUCCCCGAGAGGCAGAUCCGCAUCGCAGAGAAACCAGGAACCCUGGAAGAUGAUUCUGAAGAGGAGAGCCUGAGGUCGGAUCUGGGUCAGGUGGGGAACCACGCCUUCGCCCGGAUGGAGGGCGACGUGGACAAACAGCGGAAACAGAUCCUGCAGGGCCAGAUGUCGGAGGCGGCCAUCUUGAAACAACACCAGAGGAAUUAUGGUCGCUGGCUGUGUCGGGCGAGAGCAGAGGACCUGUCGGACGUCGCUGCACUGAAAGCCUUGUAUCAAACCGGUGUGGACAUGUGUGGCAGGACUGUGAUGGUUUUGGUUGGACGAAACAUCCCAGUGACCCUCAUUGAUAUCGAAAAGGCGCUGCUGUACUUCAUCCACGUCAUGGACCACAUCACAGUGAAGGAAUACGUGAUGGUUUACUUCCACACGCUGACCGGCGAGCACAACCACCUGGACUCCGACUUCCUCAAGAACCUCUACGACAUCGUGGACGCCAAGUUUAAGAAGAAUUUAAAGGCCUUCUACUUCGUGCAUCCGACGUUUCGCUCCAAGGUCUCGACGUGGUUCUUCACAACCUUCAGUGUGUCGGGGAUGAAGGACCGGGUCCGCUACCUGGACACCCUGCAGCAGCUCUUCACCUGCAUGAGGCCCGAGCAGAUCGACAUCCCUCCGUUCGUCCUGGACUACGACGCACGGGUGAAUGGGCCGUACCAUCGCUCCCAGUCCUCCAGCCUGUGACGAGGUGCCCGCCGGCCUGUCGAGCGGAAGCCAUGUAAUGGACGUCUUGUUGCCCGCGUGGCCCUGAACGCCUCACCCACCUCUUCAAAAGGCUUCCUUGCUGAGCCACAGACUGUUUGUGGUUUCCGGUCGUGGGUUUCCUGGAUUACGCCUUUACACCCAGAUUUCUUAUUCAGUAGUUUCCUCAAACAUCCCUAAAUAUGAAGUUGUUUUUUUUUUUUUUAAUCCGUCGUGCGGUCGUAUCGGACGGCCAUGUUGUCUCAGAGUAUUGUCAUAAAAAUAAUAAUAAAUAAAUGAAUGCUGGAGCAAGACGACGUCCUUCUGUCCGGCGCACGACGCCGGACGGGAGUAAAGUUUUACUCGAUCCAAAGCUGGAAAUUCCCACGUCGGCGCAUCUCUCAAUCGGUAAAAACACCCCGGUUAGCUCAGUGUCAUGUGACGUCACAACGCUUAUCCAUUUAGCGACUUUUAUAUCGACUUACUUGCUUUCUGUCCUCGAGUUCCAUGAGAAAAUUGAUCCCGCUCUCAUAUUGGUACAAUAAAUAUGAAGCCACGUCCAGACGUCUGUUAGCUUAGCUUAGCUUAGUUUAGCUUAGCUUAAAGACUGAAAGCCUUUUCUUUUUUUACUGGUUACACGAACAAGAUACAGAGUCAGUUCGUGAGCUUUAAAGGUGUAUUCUCUUACCUUUUGAACAGGUAGCUUCAUGUUUAACCCACAAAUAUAAAAGCGGUACCUCAACACGUUUCACAAAAUGUUAACGCAUCGGCUUUAAAUCCACACACAUUGUUUUGGGGGAAAUGUUUUCAAGGAUCGUCAAAGUUCUGCUGCUCUGUCUGCGUAUUCGCAGGAGGUUUUUGUAAUUUCUCCCCUUUUUUUUUUUUUUUAUGGUGUUUUUGUCACAAAUGUUGUAAAAAGGUUAGCACUAAAAACACUUCACGGAUCAGUCAAUCAACAGGAAAUGUAUUGUUUUUAUAUUGUUAUGAGUUUGAAUGCCUUUUUUGGGUUGCACAACGUUUAAUUUAGGACGUUGCCUGAGCCACUGGGAACUUUAUAGAUUAAACAAUAAAGUAAUUUAAUUAAAAUAAAUCAAUACAUUAAUCUAAAUAAAUGAGAAUCGGUCGUAAAGGCACGGAGCGGUUGUUAAAUCUUUCUUCAAGCUGCUUCCUGUCUGCAGCUCCUUUACCAGGAGGUCAGGAGGUUUUCAGCAGCUCUGCUAUUCAUUGAAGGCAUCGUUUUAUUUUAAAGGUACAAUUCACCCCCAAAUGUUAAAAAAAAAAAUGUUUAAAAAAAAUCCUCUUAACUGUAGUGUUAUUUAUCACUCCAGAUGUCUCGGUUAAUGAUGCUCACAUUUUUUUUUUUUUUUUAGAAACACACAUUUUAAAUACUUUUACUCAAGAUAAUCUUUACGUGGGAACUAUUUUCUCUCUACCAAACGACCGUAUCACCGCGCGGACGGAAGUGUGCAUUGAUACCGGAUUAUCUUGAGUAACGCGGUUCUGGACUUCUGGAAAAGAGACGUUGCUGUUGAGUUUUCCAAAUAGUUCCAUUAUAACCAACUCUAACGCAACCUGUUAUUUACCAAUGUAAAUGGCACUACAGGUGAAACGGGGGUGAACUGUCCCUUUAAGCCUUAAAGAGACAGUACAACAUUUGUUUGUGCUUCAUUUCGUUCAGCGUUUUAUCACAUUUUUCGUAUGGUUUACUUUAACGGGGGGCAAUUGGAUAAAAAUCAGACUAAACUUUUAAAACAUUUCGGAGAUUGCAUUACAUUUUUUAAGCAGUCGCUUUGUAGCAAACCCAAGACUUAACACAAUAUAUAUAGAUAUAUAUCUAUAUUUAUCAAUACAUACAGUAUAUCAAUCAUAUCUAUAUUUAUAUACAUAUAUGUUUGUGUGUGUGUGUAUAUAUAUAUAUAUAUAUAUAUAUAUAUAUAUAUAUAUAUAAUGAAUAUGAUUUCACACACCAUGCCGCACGACGUCAGGAAUCUGCACAGCUUUAAAUCAUUUAGGACGUUUUACUCGAUCGCUUUGCUAAAAAUCAAUGAAAUCAGUCAAAAUCAAAGUUUAAUCAAUCAAUUCUUUAAAUCUUUUUUUUCUAAAAAACGACUCGCAGGGAGAGACGAUUCCAAGUAGAGUCGCUUAGCAAUCGAGUGGAUUUUCUUUACACAAAAAUAAUUCUGAUUUAAGUCUGAAUUUGAAAAUGCAGCUGUGGAUUAUUAAAUAAACACACACAGAGAACCUCAGAUAACACAAACGUUGUAGCCCGAUGUGAUUAUGUCAGCAUGUAUAAAAAUGAUGAGCCAAACUUUCACUUCCUGGAAUUGUAUAUUAUCUUCUUUUUUCUUUUUUUAUGAUUUCAAGAUUUACAGUACGGUUACUGUGUUUUUUUUAAGAUAUAAAUAUAUACACACUGAUUAAAAUGAUUUUCCUCUGUAAA